CUCCACGGAGAGCAAUGGUUGACUACAAAACCAGAGGGACUAUUUCACCAGCAACUGAGUUUAACGUAGAAAAUGUCGUUAGCCGGUUAAGAAAAGCGAUGCGAGGAAUUGGGACAGAUGAAAAAGUUAUCAUUGAUAUUCUUACUGGUCACAGCAAUUCUCAAAGGCAGAUUAUUAAAAAGAAAUAUAAAACUAUUUACGGAAGGGUUCUAGAAGAGGACAUUAAAUCUGAAUUGGGAGGUCAUUUUGAAGACGUUUGCCUUGCACUUUUAACGCCUCUUGCAGAAUACAUAGUGGACAGCUUUUACUUUGCAAUCAAGGGGCUUAGAACAGAUGAAAAAUGUAUAAUUGAACUUCUAAUUUCAUUGGAAAGUAUGGACUUGCGCUACGUUAAAACAGUAUUUAAAGAAAAAUAUAAUCAAGAUCUAGACGAAUUCUUAAUCAGUGGUCUAACGGGGGAAAUUAAAAGUUUAGUUGCUAUGCUUAUAACUAAAGAAAGAGAAUUUUAUGUUGAAGUUGAUGAAGAGUUAGCUGAAGCUGAUGCUCAACACAUGGCUAAUGCAAGCUUAUCUAAAACAUGGAAAGCUGAAGAUUUUCUGAUAUCUUUUCUAACAACUCGAAACAAGCCUCAAUUGCGUGCUGCCGUAGCUGUAUAUGAAAAAAUUACAGGUCACUCGUUUAAGCAAUCUAUAAGAAACGAAUUUGGAGGAAGCGUAAAGCAUGCUUUGUUAGCACUUGUCAACUGCAUUGAAAACAGGCCAGCGUUUUUUGCUUCCCAACUACACGAUGCUUUAAAUGGACCCAAAACGGAUGACGCUACACUCAUAAGGAUACUCGUUUCACGAUCUGAGGUCGAUCUCGCUGACAUCUAUGAAUGGUAUCACAUGAAAUAUGAUGUGGAUCUUUGUGAAGCCAUUUAUGCUGAUACCAGUGGAGAUUAUAGAACAAUUCUUUUAAAAAUUUUAAAUCCACCGAAAUAAGCUCAUUUUACGAGCUCCUCGUAUUUUCUCAAAUCAGGCGUCAGUUUUCUGAGAUGUUUUUAAGCAUUUCAUAUGAUUGUAAAAGAAUUGUUUUAAUGACAUAUAUACUCUCAUUUCAAUAAAUCGUAUUGUAU